AUGAGAUAUCUAGCAGUUAGUAAAUUUGCGACAGAUCAAUGUGACGUUUUGGUAGCUACAGAUGUUGGGGCCAGGGGCCUUAACUUUCCUAAUGUUCAAUAUGUAAUUAAUUAUGAUUUGCCGUCAAGGGAUCUUAGAGGAUCACAAAAUGAGGUAAUAUACAGAUAUUUACAAUAA